AUGCUAAUACUAUUCCUUAUUUUCCCUCAUCGAUUUCUCAAACUCAAUUGUUGUCAUAAUUGCGUUUCAAAAUUAUAUAAUAGGUUCCUUUGCAACCGAAUACCAUUUAAAAAUCAGAGAGAAUAUCUUUACAAAAAUUAUUGUGGAAUCCUUGGCUGCGUAUGGGGAUGUGGUUUAAUUCCUGGAUGUUGCCAAUGUCUUUGCGAUGAAAAUCGCUGCAAUGAGGGAAACUGGUUCAUGCAUUAUUUAACAGCAAUUUCUUCGAAAAUUUGUUGCUGCUGCAAGAAACAGGAGUACAAGCGCAAAGAUGAAAUAAUAGAAGCAACAAAAUGCGAUGUUUGCUGUUACAAUUGUUUAUGUUGCACAAAUGACAAAUUUUAUUGCUGCUGCAAUGAAAGUUAUGGUGUACCAGUUAGAGAAUAUGGAUGUUGCUCUGCACCAAUAACAAGGAGUUGUAGCACCUGUAAAAAGGCCGAAUCCUGCUGUCUUGGUUGCUGUUGCUCAACUGGAGUUGCAGAGAGCUACCAUUGCGAUCAUCAUCACGGUAAAUUAAAUUCACAUUCAACUCAUCAUUUCAAAUAUAAUGAUAGUUCAACAGCAGUUUUGUGCCCAAUAUGCUGUAAUCCUGAAACCAAAAGCUGUUGUGCUGGAGAAGGCUGUGUAUGCGAUUGCACUAUUUGUGAAUGCCUUUUCGAUGAUGUAGGAGGAAUGGGUUAUUCAGAUGAUGAUGACGAUGCAGCCGAAGGUGCAGUAAUAUGCCUUUUAAUUAUACUAGCAAUUUUGCUUGCUCUUUCUAUUUUUAUCGUUGCUUUUCACAUCUUACAUAUAAUUACAGCAGAUUCACCAGAUCAAGUUAAAUUUGAAAAUAAUUGUUGUUGUUCUGAAAAAGAAUUCAAUGAAGCACCUGGCUGGAUAAAAGUAGGUGAUGAUGAUUACAGCUCAUCUGAUAAUGAAGAUAAAGAAGGGGAAGCAGUAAAUGAUAUUGAAAAUCCUGGUCCACAAACCCAACUACAAUAUACAUAUCCUGCGCAACCUUCUCCUUUUGAUCCUUCUCAAACUGAUUUUCCUAAUCCUUAUUAUCCUUCACAACCUUCUCCUUAG